AUGCUGAGUCAUGAGGAACACGUGACUGCGGCUCCGCGGAAACGGCUUGGCAGGCGCCGUCUGGCUCCUUCUCGUCGCGUCUAUUUUUCGGCGCCCUCGAAAGCUUCUCCAGAUCCCCACAUAGACUGUUUUACUUUUCCACGAUCCCUCUACCCUUACCCAAGUUGAAGUGUUGUCUAGAAUUCGCUUUUAAUCAAUAUCAAUAAUCUUUUGCAUCCACACCUUACUCAGUGCAGAUCAUGGCAGAUGUUCGAUCAUUACUUCGCAGUGAGCUCGCCGCCCGCAAGGGCUCAUCCCAGGCAGGGAGCGCCGGGAACCGUGUGACCAAAAAGCGAAAGGUAGACCCGGCAGAUGAUUCGAUGCGCAAGAGGAUGAAACCGGCAAGCGCGCCAUCUGGUCAGCCGACUGCACACACCGUACAGCCACCCAGUGCACGAGCUAUCGAGGAGGAGGAUGAGAUAGAGGGAUCGGAGCAAGAUGUCGCCGGACCGCAGCUUCCAUCGGACACCGCACACGAGCAGCAAUCUGCUGAACCGACUGUACAACCACCAGACACUCCCCUUGUAGCCUUCGAACCGUCCGCCGCGACCACCGAGGUCAUCGAUGAAGAUGAAUGGGCUGCGUUCGAGCGCGAAGUCGCGGCCCCCACACGCAUGCCACACAGGCCUGCUGCACUUGAGGCAGCAGCGACUAUAUCAGCAGCACCCGUAUCCGCAGAAGAAUUGGCCGCGCAACAGCGCAAAGAAAGCGAAGCGAUCAAGAAAAGCCGCGAGGCUGAGGCGGAAGGCGAGCGGGAAGAUGCGGCGCGAUUUAUGGAAGACGAACUCGAUGAAAUGGAGCAAUUAGAGGAACGAGUCAGGCGUCUGAAGCACAUGCGGGAAGAGUUGAGGAAAUUAAAGACCGUGGAAGAUGCAGAUGUGCACAAAAUGGACGAAUCUCCUUCGGCCGUCACCCCGUCAGAAGACCAACAAAAUCCCGCCGCUGAGGAAACUAAUGACGAUGAAGAUGACGACGACGACGAUGACGAUUACGACGAUGAUUGGAAUACUUGGGGAGCCAAAUGAAUUUACGCGGCUAAGGUUCGGGCGUGGGGAACAAAAAGGCGUCAUUACAUACGAGGGAGGUCGCGGACUUUUCUAACUUACAGUGAUACCCAAUAAGCAAUACGGAUGUGAAAUCACAAGGCAGUGCUAUUAAUUCUCUUAAUGGGCCACAGUACACUUUUGACAGCGUGGGCGGUGU